CUAAUGUUCGUGUAAAAUGAACUAAAAAUUGAAAGGACUUAUUUACUUUUUUGUCAAAAAUUGAAGAAAGAGGUUAAGAUAUACUACUAUUUAUAAAUUGGUCAUAAUAAUAUUUAUAAUUUCUUUUUUAUCAAAAAUAAUAUAAAUGCCGGCCACAACAAUGCAUAAAUUCGUAACAUUUCUUGGAGUGAUUUCCAUGUUGCAUGCUGCAUAUUCAGCUGCACAACAUAGAUCAUAUUUGCGAAUAACUGAACAAGAAUUUACUACUUUACCAAUUGAUAUAUUAAUACAAGGUAUAAUAAGUUUAUUUAUAGUUAUGUACGGUGUGAUGUACAUAGCUGGUGAUUUUAAAGAAAUACGAGCAGUUGUUGAUUUGGAAAACAAAUCUUGGGAAACAUUAAGAAAUCUUCCAUCAUUUCAAAUAUUUAAUCACCGUGGCAAAUCACUAUCUCCUGAUUAUAUUUAAGUAUUAUAGAAUAUAUGAUUUUAUUUUUUUCUAGAUUGUGAUAUAAUUUAAUUGAAGAAUAAUGGCUUUUUGUAUAUUUAUUAAAUCUUAAACCAAAUUAAAAACAAAAAGACAAUGUUAAUCACAGAAAUAGUUCAUUUUUACGCAGAUUCAUUAAAUGUUAUAAAUAUUUAAAUAAAAUAAUGAAUUUAAAAAAUAAAAA